GGCCUAUGCAGCCAGUAUUGAGCUUUAAGAGAGUCAACCCGACUUGGACUAAUGACACGGAUAUCUGUACUGUAGACUGUUCUCCUCAUGUUGGUAAACAUGGCCACAUUGGGUCAUCUUUAUCCAAACAUCAAACCAGUGGCAGAUGACCGUAUGGAAAACCCGACGGAGAGUCCAAUAGCAGUGAAGGUGGAGGAGCACUCCCAGAGUCUCAUUCUGACUUACUUCCAUGGAGACAUCAACAGUAUGGUGGAUGCACACUUCAGCAGGGCACUUAACAAAGCCAGUAAAGCAAAGGCACCUGCAGCCAAACUGAAGAAAAUACCAAAAAAGAUUAAAAAAGAGGAUAUUAGAGUUUUUCAAGAUACCCCUGCAGACACAUACCCGGAGCCACAGGUUCGACCGGUAACAGAGCACCUUGUCUCUUUUACCCCAGCAGAAGAGCUAUGCAGCCCGUGGCACGCGUUUCCCAGCAGGACAGGAGAGGGAACGGGCCUGACCCCCAUGGGCUGUUCACUGUCCCCUAAUGAUCUCAGUGUGACGGGACAGCAGUGCUCUACGUCUCUGCUCAAUCUGUUACACAAUGACCGAACAGAGAUGGCACCCAGCCUGUCCUCCAGCUUGUCCUCCAGCCUGUCCUCCAGCCUGUCCUCCAGCCUGUCCUCCAGCCUGUCCCCCAGCCUGUCCUCCAGCUCCAAACCCGAGCUGCUCCCAAACUGGAUGGUGCCACAAGCGGACCCUUCCACUGUCUUUGAACCUGGGCGCCGUUUGGAUAAGAAGGAUUUAUACUGGUACUGAGUAAAAGCAUGAGUUGGACAAACAUAUUGUAAUAUAACUCCCAAAGACUCGGUCGGACCAGCCGGUAACAUGGCCCCAGUGCCAGUCAAAAGUUGAACAAGAUCUUGAAGGAACACUCUCUGGUGAACCUGUUUGUCUGCUUUCACAUUCCAGAGGUAAAUUGCUGCAGGUCUACUAUGUGUUUUUAUGUUGUGCCAAGGUCAAGAUGAAGGGAUUUGGUUUGAACCACUUAAGGAGUGGGCCAGUAAAUAAUGAUACAGUAUUAAACUAAACACGGAACACUGUGAAUACGUACUGCACACUGUAAAUUUACCUGAAGGUACAUUGUGUAAUUUAUCUGGUGGCGCAUUGGUCUCGAGAGAUGUUAUUGUCUAGAUUAGAGUGUUCCACAGUUUGACUUUAAACGUAGCUAUUUCCAUGGAGACAAGCACGGGACGCCACCAGCCCAUAGAUUUGAUCAACAGUAAGAACAUAUUUUUAAGGCAGUUUGGAGCAAUAAAAACACGUGUAAUUAAGGUAGAUAUGUAUAAUAUUGUGGAAAACUCCAAGCAGAUAAAUAACAUUUCCAUGAAGGUGACGUUACAUAGUUUAAUUGUGUGUAUUUAGAGUUUAGCUGUAUUUUUGAACACUGGGGUUUAUGACAUAUUUGCAUAAUUAUGUGUAAUUACAAAUUAAAUGUAACAAUUUCCAAGGUAAUUCUAUGUAUCUUCAGUUAUAUAUGCUGUUAUUAUAUCGUGCUUUACUCUAUUAUCGUCAAUACAAACAUUAUAAACUGAACUGGGUGUUUUUUUUUUAUUAUUGUUGUCAUCAGUUUAACCAAAUGUUAGAUAUCUGUACUUUAUUUAAGGGCAUUUGAAAUGAAUACUUUUUACUUUUACUUCACUACAUUUGAGAGCCGGUAUCUUUACUUUCUACUCCGCUACAUUUUGAACAGGACUGAAAAGUAAAAGUACUUUUUAUUAUUUUUUGAGACCUGUUGAGGCUGAGAGGUUUAUUUCUAACAUGUUCAUAACUUGAGCAAGCAAAAAUAUACAAUACAAUCGAUUCAGAUGUUUCAAAAUGAAUACAUGUGAAGCUUUAUUAGAUCUCAAAAUCUGCGUGAAAUACUUUUACUUUUUACUCUUUAAGGUCAAUUUUAAAUGGGUACUUUAAUAGCGUGUUAUCUUGUAUAUAUUUCAAAGUUGACACCUUUUGUUGUUCUUGUAACUGUUUGUGUUGUUGUUGUUGUUGUUGUUGUUGUUAAUGCUUUUGUAUGUGACACGUGGUUGCUAUGCCGACAAGUUGACACAAGUUUCUACUGGUCAGAGACUGGGGACUGUUGCUGUUUGCUCUUGUUUUGUCAUGGGUUAUGACCUACAGCAGCCCUUGUGUUCAGAAAAUAAACAACCAGAAGAAAUGUGACGUGUUUCCUUACAUCAGAACGCUACAAUACUUUUACUUAAGUAGAGUUUUUCAUGUGAUAGUUUUAUUUUCCUUGAGUGUUUUUUUUUGUUUGUUUUGCUCCAAUAUCUGUGUUGUUAUUUAAAGGACCCACAUUAUGCUAUUUUCAGAUCAAUGUUAUAAUAUUAUUUCCUCAUCAGAAACAUAUAUGAAGUUGUGUUUUGUUUCAACACACAAACCCUGAAAACACUCUGUUCCACCUUGUGAUGUCAUGUGGUAAUACAGGAAGUGCCCCACUGUGUUUUGAAACAACAUACACCUUCACUAGAAUCACUUGGAUAAUUUCAGCCCUGUUUCUACUAAAUUAAAGUCUCCAGUCUCUACCGAACUAAAGGUAAAAGGUACGUGGUAACUUGAAAACUACAGUUUCAUGACAUCACAAGGUGGAACAGAGCAUUUUGAGCUUUGGAGAUUUGGACAGACUAAUAUUAAAGAGGUACUCAAACAUGUGUGAAUGAAACAAAACACAACUCCAGGUCUGUUUUUGAGGAGGAAACAACAUUAUAACAUGACUACAAGCUCACAUGAGUCCGAUUUGGUAGGUCUAUUGCUGUUACGUCAUUCACAAAUAAAAUAUUGAUCAGUGAAAGG